UUUGGCACCAACGGUAAUUUGUACCUCAACAGAGGUAAUCCGCUCCCUCAUUUUUUUCAGAAAGAAAGUACAGGCAAUAAAAUGUCUUCAACAGAGAUAUCACAAUCUGCAAAGACACGGCGACAGAGUCAGCGUCAAGGUUUACGAGGCAUUCCAAGGAGCUUUUUCAAAGGCGUCAUCUUCUUUAUACUCUCCUCAGUCAUUGUCAAUGCUACUCUCUUCUUUUUUCGACUUGAAAAGAACAGUAAUGACAUACUACCAACUAAUAUCUCAUCAGACGUUCCUUCCAGAUCACACAGUCAACUGUCGGAAGAACCCCAACGUUUAGAACGUCGAGCCAUUAACGUCCCUAUCCAACUCAAAAGGGGCCGUUUGAAUACACUCAAUAUAAAACCAUGGAUGGCCAAUUGGCUGCAAUAUCAACUAUUGGAUAAAGAAGCUGUAGGUGAUCUAAGUCAAGAGAUUGUUAUGGAUCUAGUCUAUACAUGGGUCAAUGGAUCUGAACGUGCAUUCUGGGAGAUGAAGGAGCAUUACAAGGAUCAUUCGGCUCUCUUCCGUGAGUCCCAAGCCUCGUUGAAAGAAGGAGAAGAAGUUAGACAAGUUGCAUACCAAGGAGAAAGCGAAAGGAAGGGUAUAGCAAGAGGAAGUAGCAACGGGAAGAGAAACUAUAGUAAUCAAACAGAGAAUAGAUACCGAGAUAUGGAUGAGCUCAAGUAUUCAAUGCGGUCGGUGGCAGAAUAUACAACACCAGGUUUAUUCCGGAAAGCAUGGAUUUUGACAACAGAGGUUGUAAUUGAUGCGGUUGGAGGCGAGAAGCGAGGACAGAUACCACAAUGGUUAGAUAUUCACAAGUUAGACAAGUUCAAGGAUAUGAACUAUGAACAGGACCAUGCUUCAGAGCUGAGACUGGAGCUAAUUCCGCAUACUCGGAUCUAUGGUGACCAGAACCAUCUACCAAGUUUUAACAGUCUCUCAAUCGAGAGUCAAAUGCAUAACAUUCCUGGACUAGCUGACAUUUAUGUCUACCUCAACGACGACGUGUUUUUUGGGAAGCCUCUUGGCUCCUCCGACUUCUGGACACCACUGUAUGGAUUUGUGUUCCACAUGGAUCCCAACACUGUGGUCCCCCCUUAUGUUCCUGUUGCCUCCAGUACUAAUAUGAAUGUGGGUGAAUGGUCGUCACUCCAGUAUACAAACUCUAUCCUUUCAAAGCAAUUCGGUCCACGUCAUCGAGUUUACAUUGCCCAUAUCCCUCAUAUCUUGAGUGUACCUUUGCUGGAAGAGAUUCAGUCGAUUUGGCCCGAGGAGUUUAGCAAAACUAGUUCACAUCGAUUUAGGGGAGAAGGUGAAGCGCAUGAUCUCCAGGUGUCAUUCCUGAUGGCGCAUUAUGUGAUGGAGCGACUUCGGGAGACGCAGCUAACAUCCUAUUGGAGGUAUCAUUUAGACAAGAACCAGGAUGGACGGUUGGAUUGGGAGGAGCGUUCGAGACUGAUUCGAAUUGUAGAGGAGUACGAUGCGAGCCUUUUAAAACAGCGGUAUCAUAAUCAUCAUUACUAUCAUCAUCGCCAUCAUCACCAUCAUCAGCAGCAACAACAGCAGUACCACCAACAGCACCAACAAUGGCAUCUGAAGAAACGAGAUGGUUCUCAUGUACAUCAAAGCUCUUCUAGCUUUUUAAAUAAUUAUAGUAAGAACCUGGAGGACGUCAAUAUUCCUUGGUCUAAAGAGACGACCUAUGCGUUAACGGGUCUAGAUGAGUACCCGUUUAUGUUAGUGGAUGCAGAUACGUCCAAGAGUGCUAACAGACAACAUACGAAGCCCUAUCAGAUAUCGGAAAGACGACGUUUUUGCAAAUUAGAUCUUGAUUUCUGUUUUGGAAUGGCCUUUAGGGAUAAGACUGUCCAGUUUCUGGAUGCAACUCUGAGGGAGGGGUCCAUCUUUGAACGAUUGGCGUUCACAGAGUUUCAUUGCGGAGAUUGUCUACUUCAUAUCAUACGACAGCAACAACAACAGCAGCAACACCAAGAGCAGGAGCAACAGAAUGAUUUUGCUAAUGGUGAUGGCAGUAAUAGUAGCGGAAAUAGUAGUAAUAGUAGCAACAAUAGUAAUAGUAAUAGUAAUGGUAGUAGCAGUAGCAAUAGUAGAAGUAAUAGCAGUCGUAGCAAGCCAAGCGGUGGACUGAGUGGAUUGAUGCCUUUGAAGAACGAUUGGGAGGCUUUUCAGUUGGUAUUGAGGGAUCUAAGCAAGUACAACUAUGUAAUUGGGUCCUCUCAUUUUGAGUUUGUACAACUUAGGAACGGAAUCCAGGCACAAGAGUCAUUAGAUCGGUUGAUGCAGCUCAAGCAUCAGCAUGCAUUCUUUUGUAUCAAUGAUGAUGUUCAGAACAACCCUUUGAUUGUGCAGAGGGUACGAAGGAUCUUGGGCACGUUUCUAGAAAAGCGAUUCCCAGUUCCUUCUCCGUGGGAGAAGAAACAGGGAUGAGGACAAAGAGAAGGAGGAGGAGUAGGAGUAGGAAGAAUAC